UUUUGUCUGGUGGCAGUGUGUUUGGCAAUUUUUUCCACCAGAAAUCUGGCAACUAUGGUUGAGCUUUCGGCAUAGUUCGUCAUCAUAACAGAGAAAAGAAUCGUCUUCACGUCGUCACCAUCUCUCCACCAGCCUUGUCAUGCGGUCCAACCGUUUGACCGUAUUACUAUGGUUUUGCGGCUUUUUAGGUGUCCCAGGACUAGCCCAAAACGACCAGGCCCGACCCUUCAUCGAAGAAGGUGGUUGGCGAACUUGGUUGAGUGACAUUUUAGUGUCCCCCGGUCCUUGCAAUUUACCCAUCGAAGAUGGUACCCUCAGCCACGCCCGAUUUAUCAAAGAAUACGCUUUCCAAAGACCGUUUGUGCUCCGGGAUGCGGCCAACAAUGACUUAUUCCGAGCCUUGUGCCACAAGGACCGUUUGCUGGCGGAUUGGGGUCACACCACCAUUCGAUUGAGCUCCGCCAAUUCCUACUCUUAUGAUAAGAAAGACGUCAGUUUCCGUCAUUAUGUGGAACACAUGGUCAAACCUCAACGAUUGGACACGCCUGCCAAUGAGACCUUCUAUUUCUUUGGGGAUAAUGACGUCGAAGAGUGGAAAGAUGUACUAGAUGAGUAUCAACUACCACCUUAUUCCCUUCCACUUCAUACCCACGCUUUGAGCUUUGGCUUAGCCGGUCCGGGAACGGGUGUGCCGUUCCAUUUUCACGGACCUGGAUUUGCGGAGACUUUGUAUGGGCGUAAACGCUGGUUUCUAACCCAACCGGAUAUCAAGCCGGAUUUUCAUCCUAACAAGACCACGCUACAAUGGUUCCGGGAAGAUUAUCCUCGACAAGUGAAGGAGGUGGACUUUUUGGAAUGCACACUUCGUCCGGGCGAGGCCAUUUACUUCCCGGAUAAAUGGUGGCAUGCCACGCUCAAUAUCGAUUCAUCCGUGUUCAUCUCGACUUUUCUAAGCCCUUAGUAUGGCAUCCUCGCAUUUAACUCUAACACCUGUGAUAAUACAAAUUUCAAGGAUCAA